AGGUGGGGCGGACCGGCGGAGCGGGGCGCGGAGGAUCGCGGCGGGCGGUGAGACUCCCCCGAUGCGGCACGGCUGCUCCCGGUACCUGUCGGCUGAGCGGAACCGCGGGCCCGGCCACCCCCGGCUCCCUUCCCUCGAGCCCCCGGCGCCAUGGGGGAGCCGCGGUACCUGCAGGCCGAGUGCGCGUUCCGGCCCGGGGCACACACGGUGCGGGUGACCCUGACCCGCAGCACCUUGCGGGUGGAGGUGGAGGCUCACGGCACCAGCGACCUGUGGAGGGGCGAGUUCGAUGCCGCCUUCAUUGAGGACCUGACCCGCAAAACGGGGAAUUUCAAGCAGUUUGGCAUUUUCUGCAGCAUGCUGGAGUCGGCACUGACACAGAGCAGCGACUCCGUCAGCCUGGAGCUGCUCACCUUCACCGACCUGGAGACCCUGCAUAGCCGGAAAGUGGGGGCAAUCACCCGGCCUUCCCCUUCCACCUCUUCCCCCCUCAACAGCAAACGCUACCUCAUCCUCGUCUACUCUGUGGAGUUCGAUAGGAUCCAUUACCCGCUGCCGCUGCCCUACGCGGGGCGGCCGGACCUCGUGACGCUGGUGCGGGAGCUGCAGGAGCAGCUGGGGCAGCUCCGGGCGCGGCGCCUGGAGGAGACCCAGCACUUGCGGGACGCGCUGUGGCAGGCACUGGAGGAGAAGCGGGCAGCAGAGAGCCGGCACCAGCGCGAGUACCGGCAGCUGGCUGCAGAGCUGGCCCAGGCAAAGGCGUCAGAGCAGAAGCUGCAGCUGCGGGUGAAGAACCUGACAGCUGAACUGGCCUCCUGCAGGAGGGGCCGCCAGAAAUCUGCCAGCCCGGCCCCACGUGCCCAGGAGCGACGCUCAGCAUCCCUGGAGAGCCACAGGAGCAGCCGGGGCCGCCCCUCGCCCAAGUCCGUGUCGCCUGCAGGCUCCCGCCCACCACGCUUCGACCCCACUGCCUUUGUCAGGGCCCGGCAGCGCCGGCAGAAGGAGGCUGAGCUCAGAAACCAGCGGCGUGGAGUGGCUUCUGGCAGCAGCAGCCCGGCGAGGAGCCACAGGCGCAGCUCAUCUGCUGAAAGCUCCCGGAGCUGGCGCCAGGGAGGGAGCCCUGGCAGCAAAGCCCCUGAGCCUGUGCCCUGCAGGGACAGGAGAGGGACCCGUACACGGAGACCCCUGAGCACCUCGUUCUGCAAUAGCCCCUGUGUGCCUCUCCCCCAGGUGCCUCGCCCAGCUGCCAGCCACAAGCUGCCAGUGUGCAGGACUGCUGGCAAGCGCCCUGGUAAAGAGAACCGCUCCAAGGAGCCUUCAGCUGAGCUGGCUGAGAUCGAUGCCCGGCUGCAGGCUCUGCAGGAGUACAUGGACAGCCUCAGCACCCGCAUGUGACCCCUCCAGGGACACGCACCCUCUCCCUGUGUCCUCUGGAGUUUUGGGACAGGUGUACCCCCAAAUAAACCCUUGUUUGGCCCCA